GGGAGCACCUUUUGUUCCCAAGCGCUCCGGAGGUGCCACCUGCCCGGAGCGCCUUGGGUUCCAUAGAUUAAAAGCGGCGCGUGGGGUACAACAGUUUGUUUGACAGUUGCUAGACUAUGUUUCCACUUCUGAUCGUACUCAGCCAGCUGCCCAGACUUACCCUCGCAGUUCCUCACUGUUCUAGAAGCCUAAAGGAUUCCGAACAUGCCCCAGAAGAAGUCUUUGCAUCAAAAGAAGCAGCAAACAUCUUUAUGCACCGCCGCCUCCUGAACAAUAGGUUUGAUUUAGAACUCUUCACUCCUGGGGACCUGGAGAGAGAGUGCUAUGAGGAGUUCUGUAGUUAUGAAGAAGCCAGAGAGAUUUUGGGGGAUGACGAAGAUACGAUCACAUUUUGGCAGGCAUAUUCGAUUAAAGGACCAACCACAGGAUCAGAUGUUAACAAAGAGAAAAUCGAUGUUCUGAGCCUUCUGACUGGAUUAAUCGUUGCUGGAGUAAUCCUGGUUAUUUUUGGCUUGCUUGGCUACUAUCUAUGUAUCACCAAGUGUAACAGGCGGCCAUAUCCGAGCUCUUCAGCCGACUACACAAGAACAGCCAGAUAUACACCCUCCAUUGUUUUCAGAACCCCCGAGCAAGCUGUCUUGUCUCCAUCAACGUCUUCAGAGGAUGCAGGACUACCUUCCUAUGAACAGGCAGUAGCACUGACCAGAAAGCACAGUGUCUCACCUCCACCUCCCUAUCCUGGGCCUGCAAAAGGAUUCAGGGUAUUUAAAAAGUCCAUGUCACUCCCAUCUCACUAAGCCUACCGGGCUACCUUGCUGGAAGACAUUCAUUCAUGUGGUGGAAUAAUUUGUUCUCCCUGGGGGGGGGAAAAAAAGAUUUGCUUGUUCAGCUUUUUAUGACACAUUGCAAGGAACAGAGGAAUGAUACAUACAGAACAGAGUUCACCAUAGCUCUGCUUUCGUCUCAGACUUGAACUGGAUCGCUCUCACCUUGGUAAGGAACUUCAACUCCAUUACCUUGAAGUUAAGAAGAAAGUGCCUUUUGCAAUGUAUACUGUACUGAUUCAAAAAUCUGUGCUAUAGCUGGAUAAUGUGGUGUGUGCCUACAAACACUCAGGAGGCUUAGAGGGGAGGGAUGAGAGUUCAAGGCCAGCCUGGGCUCUGUCAAGACCCUGUCUGAAAACACAGUUUGUUAUUAGAAUAAUUAGAAUUGGACAACCAGGAACUGUCAAUCUUAGGUCAUGAGAUUGGAUCUUCUCUUCCUUAGGAUUUCUUUUUGGCUGAAAAUAUUUCAUAGAAUUUGAUGUUUUGCUGUAAAUCUGUGGCCUUGGUAUAAUCACUUGGUUUUCUAUUCUAAUUAGUUCAGAGCAUUCAUCAAAUUUGCAGGUCUUAGGUUUUCACUCACUAUCAAUCAUAGUUCAAUGGUGUCAAGAGGUUUUGCUUGUUUGUUUGUUUUUUUUUUUAAAUUACUAUUCAUGGACUAAGGGGAUGCCUCACUUGGGAACGCCUGGUCAUACAAAUAUAAGGACCUGAGUUCAAUCCUCAAUACCCAUGUUUGAAACAAACAAACCAACAACAACAAAUAAAACAAACAAAACAAAUUUGAGUACUUGGGUGCACAGCUGUAAUCUCAGCAUUGUAGGAGGACUCAGGAGGACCCCUGAGCCAGGUGGCUAGCCACAGGAGCUGAACCAGGAACCUCUAAAUUCAGUCUCAAAAUUUUAAGGUAGAACCAGUGAGGUGGGUGAAUGCCUUUAAUCCUGGCACUCAAAAGGCAGAGAUCUCUCCGUGAGUUCAAGGACAGCCUAUUCU